AUGUUCCCUAGUUUGCAGCCGUCGAGGCCAAAGCCUCACCAGCAACCCGCAACACCCUCAUUCGCGCACCAACAGCGACGCGCCGCGCAUCCGCCAUCACAAGCCUCGCAACAACCUACAACGCAGCCUUCAAACCCAUUCACCAACGUUUCGAAACCACGAUCACAAAUCGAAGCUAUGCCACCCUUUGGCCCCCCACAAACGCCAGCUACCUUCUUCACACCUGUCUACGACAGCGCAAUACGGCAUCCGGUAUUCUUCACGCAAAAUCUGAAAAAGCCGCCGUUUCCCAUACCACAAGCCGCUAGUCAAGGCUGGAGUCCAGUGGCGAGUGGCUAUGUCAUGGAGCAGAGGCGAGCAGAGGUGACGGGGAAGACGAAAUUAUGA